AUGAGCGCGGACAUGUCGCGGCUCAUGCUGGGCGCUUUCGCCGACGCCGAGGGGCAGGCGCCCGACGAGCAGGCCUGGGACGCCGUGUGGGCGGAGCAGUGGGAGCCCAGCACGUCCCCCUUCCGCGACCAGCCGUGGCAGGAGCGGUGGGACUGCGCCUGGCAGGCCAUGUGGUCGGCGGCGUGCGACGGCAUGCGGGCGAAGGCGGAGGCGGCGGAGGCGGAGGCCGCCCAGGAGGGGCAGGGCGCCGAGGGCGGGCCGUCGGGCGGCGAGGCGCAGCGCGACGCGGACGCCCCCGGCGCACCGCGCGACGCUGGCGACGCCGAGGAGGACCCGACCUCGAGCUCCCCUGCGAGUGGCCCGGCGCCGCCGCCGGCGGCAGCGGCUCGGACUCCG